AUGGGGGGAGCUUCCGGAAUCCAUGCCACUACUGGUAGCCAAAAUCCGAAGCUGUUGUUUAGUGCAAUCGAUUGCGGCGAACGUCUCGAAUGUCGUGAUCGUUCCAAUGCUCGUGAAAGAAGGGAAAGUGAGCGUCGUUUGACUGAAAUGAUGCUGCCUUCAGGUGGUGACAACGAUGAUCGAAGUGUUAGAGUGCAUACAGCGGGUCCGUGUGGUACACAAAACCGAAGGACGAUCGAUGAACGGGUUAUUCAAGCGGCAACCGGCCAAAGCAAAGCGGGAGUUGAUAACAUGAGAGAACAGGCGAUUCCGAGGAGUGCUACUCCCGCUAGCGAAGAACACAGCAGUGAAUGUUACGGGGAUGGUCCAACAAGCCGGCAACUGGCUGCUAGACAAGUGAUGGGUAAGGAUUUACCAACCUUUUCGGGAAAUCCCGAAGAAUGGCCGAUUUGGAUUAGCAAUUUUCGCCGGUCGACAUCUACCUGCGGAUUCUCCGAAGACGAAAACUUGAUUCGUCUUCAACGAUGCUUGAAGGGUGCAGCACUCGAAGCAGUUCGCAGCAGACUGCUUUGUCCUGCCAGUGUUCCACACGUGAUCCGUACUUUGGAAAUGCGGUACGGUCGACCGGAAACGCUUAUUCGCUCAAUGACGGAACGAGUUCGUCGACUUCCCUCACUCAGGACCAACGACUUGGAUGGGAUUAUAGAAUUCGGCCUAGUAGUGGAUAACUUGGUGCAACACCUAAAGAACGCUGGACAGCAGGCGCAUUUAUCCAAUCCAUCACUGCUGCAUGAUCUCGUGGGGAAGUUGCCAGUGGACUACAAGCUGAAGUGGUCAGCAUACAAGAGCAUGCGAUACGACGUGGAUCUGAGUACAUUUGGAGAGUUCAUGUCAACGUUGGUCGAGCUCGCAUAUGACGUAGCAGACGAUUUCCCCUGUGGCGACAAGUUUCCAAGACAUACCCAGAAGAUUAAGGAACGAAACUUCGUGCAGACACACAUGGAAUCUGUCAUGUCAUCGAGAAGCGAACUGGCUAAUAGCAGAAGUCCGAGCCUCAGGACUCCAAAGAAACCAUGCGUGGUAUGCAACAUGGAAGGACAUCGGGUUGCGGAAUGCAGUCGAUUCAAAUCGAUGGACAUUAAUGGAAGGUUGAACGUGGUGCAGCAGAGCGGUGUAUGCAGAUCUUGUUUGAAUUUUCAUGGCAGGUGGCCUUGCAAAACCGCAAAAGAAUGUGAGGUCGACGAUUGCCGGCUAAAGCAUCAUCCUUUGUUACACUCGCCGUAUGCAGCUGUUGACGCAGCGGUUUCAACGAGUCAUCUAAGCGAAUCUGUGGCGAGUGGGGGACCUUUGUUCAGAAUCAUUCCGGUAACGCUGUAUGGGAAAAACUGCGAGGUGAAAGUCUACGCUUUCGUCGAUGAAGGUUCUAAGAUUACUCUGUUGGAGGACGCCGUGGCUGAUCAACUUGGACUAGCAGGACCAACGGAAGCUCUGAAUUUACAGUGGACCGGAAAUAUAAAGCGUCGUGAACCAAAUUCAAGACGGAUCAGCGCAGUGAUUUCUGGAAAAGGAUCGCCGAAACAAUACCAACUCUCUAACGCUCGUACGGUGGGUGGAUUGCUACUUCCGUCACAGACGGUAAAUUAUGAGGAAAUGUGUAGCCGUUAUCCACAUCUUCGAGGUCUGCCAAUACAAAGUUACGAGAAGGUGUCACCAAAACUCUUGAUUGGUCUUGACAACUUGAAGCUCACCGUACCGCUGAAAAUCAGAGAAGGAAGAUGGGUAGAGCCGAUUGCCGCCAAGUGUCGCAUCGGGUGGAGCAUCUACGGAUGCGCAACGACGCCAGCAUCGACGGUUGUAUGUGGGCUUCAUUUUGGAGGAUGGACCGAUCAAGAGCAAGAACUUAACCAAUUGGUUCGUGACUACAUCACACUGGACAAUACUGGCGUAACGCAUACAAGCUCACACUUGGAAUCCGAGGAGGACCAACGCUCAAAAAUGCUGCUGCAGACAACUACGAAAAGAAUCGGCAACGCUUUCGAAACGGGGCUACUUUGGAAAGCCGAUGAUGUACGGUUCCCGAACAGUUACAGAAUGGCUUACAAACGAUUGUGCUCCCUGGAAAGACGACUGAAUCAGGAUUCAAUGCUGUACGAACGCGUCAGACAGCAGGUGCGAGACUACGAGUUGAAGCAGUAUGCGCACAAAGCAACGCAACACGAAUUGUCCACUACCGGUGCUGACCAGUGCUGGUACCUGCCGUUGGGGAUAGUUCUGAACCCGAAGAAGCCGAAUAAGCUGAGGAUGAUCUGGGACGCAGCAGCCAAGGUUGAUGGGGUUUCGUUAAACUCCGCACUACUAAAAGGGCCAGAUUAUUUGACAUCUCUACCAGCGGUUAUUGGAAAGUUUCGGUUGUACCAGUUCGCCUUAACCGGCGACAUCAGGGAAAUGUUCCACCGCUUUUUCAUUCGUCCGCAAGAUCGGCAGUUCCAGAGGUUCUUAUUCCGAGAUCACCCGAAACUAGAGCCGGUGACGUACGUCAUGGAUGUGGCCAUCUUUGGAGCUGCUUGUUCACCGAGUAGCGCUCAGUAUAUCAAAAAUCUGAACGCUAUGGACUUUGUAGCAAAAUAUCCACGGGCGACAGAGGCCAUCAUCCAUCGUCACUACGUAGACGAUUACCUUGAUAGCUUUGGAACUUUCGAAGAAGCUGUUAGGGUCGGGCGAGAAGUAAAGGCCAUACAUGCUGAAGGUGGUUUUGAAAUCAGAAACUUCUUGUCAAACGAUUCUACUAUAGCAACACUAGUUGGCGACGAAUCACCAGAAGCAGAGAAAAACAUUUGCGUGGAGAAAGAUGAGCGAAUUGAAUCCGUACUAGGCAUGAAGUGGAUUCCUAGCAGCGAUACUUUUACGUUCACCAUUUCCCUUCGAGACAAUCUGCUCCAUGUCCUCGAACAGUCACAUGUGCCCACGAAACGAGAAGUCUUGCGAACAGUCAUGAGCUUCUUUGAUCCGCUUGGACUCAUUUCAUUCUUUCUGAUUCAUGGACGCACCAUGAUGCAAGACAUUUGGGCGACCGGAAUAGAGUGGGAUGACCCGCUCACCGAAGAGGUCCUGGUGCAGUGGAAGCAGUGGAUUAACCUUAUACCGAGGUUGAGCACUCUUCGCAUACCUCGUUGCUACCUGACAGGUGCCAGAGAAAACAGCUAUUCCAAAUUGCAGAUCCACGCAUUUGUCGAUGCAAGUCAGUCCGCGUAUGCAUGCGCAGUGUAUUUCCGAGUAGAAACACUAGAAGGUCCUGUGGUUAGCCUUGUAGCAGCGAAAUCCAAGGUUGCUCCUCUGAAGAUGCUGACGAUCCCUCGCCUCGAACUACAGGCCGCAGUUCUAGGAUCGCGUCUGCUGAACAGCGUAAUAACGAUGCACGCCCUGCCCGUGGCAAAGCGCGUUCUUUGGUCCGACUCUAACACCGUUCUUGCCUGGAUUCGGUCUGACCAGCGGCGAUAUCACCAGUACGUGGGGUUCAGGAUCGGAGAAAUUCUCUCAAUGACGGAUGUCAACGAGUGGCGAAAAGUUCCUACGAAAGAGAAUGUUGCUGAUGACGCUACGAAAUGGGGAACUGGGCCGGACAUCAGGUCGGAAAGCCGAUGGUUCCAAGGUCCGGCAUUCCUCAAACAACCGGAAGAAUCCUGGCCAAGUGAAAUUGAGCAGAUUAACGUCACGGAGGAGGAGUUGCUGUCGUGCAAUCUUCACAAAUGA